AUGCCAGCCAAGGGGAAGUACCUGUUGAAUGACCAAGAGCUGAAAAAUGAGGCACUGUACCGCAAGUUCUCCUGCAUCAGCCAGUAUCAGCCACUGGUGCUCUUGCUGGGCCUCUCCAUGCUCUCCUGUGGGAUCCUCCUCAUCCUCUUCUUUGCCCUUCAACUGAGCGCAAAGGAUCACUGUGCCUUUGUGAGCGUGGUGAGUGGCAGCCUGUGCGUGUUUCUGACCGUGUUUGUGCUCGUGUGUACGGAGAUACUCUCACAACGAUGGAGGCGUCUACUCGGCCUGAUUGUAUGGGCCACACACCUCACCAUGGGCUACACCUUUAUCUUCAGCAGCCCAAUCAUCUUGCCUUGGGACCAGGUGCCUUUCUUCCUCUUCAUCAUCUUCACAGUGUACACUAUGCUGCCAUUCCAGUUGUGGUACGCUGUGGUGCUGAGUGUCAUCUCCUCACUGUCCCACAUCAUGGUCCUCACACUGCGCCUCACUGUUUAUGAAAAAAAGUCCCCUUCGUACCUCGCCGAACAGCUGCUGUCGAAUGCAGUGGUGUUUCUGUGUGGCAGUGUGGUGGGAGCCUUCCAUAAGGUCCUGAUGGAGAAAACCCUGAGGCAGACCUUUCAAGACACACUGAGGUGCCUGAGCAUGCGGAUGAAGCUGGAGAUAGAAAAGAGACAACAGGAGAACCUGUUACAAUCUGUGUUACCAGUCUACAUCUCUAUGAAGAUGAAGCUUGCAAUCAUGGAGCGCUUGCAAGACUGUAAAGACAAAGAAGAACAACAGCGACUGGUCAAAGAUAACAACUUCCACAGUCUUUAUGUCAAGAGGCAUGAGAAUGUCAGUAUUCUUUAUGCUGACAUUGUCGGCUUCACCCGAUUGGCCAGUGACUGUUCUCCCAAAGAGCUUGUCAUUAUGCUCAAUGAAUUGUUUGGCAAGUUUGACCAAAUUGCCAAGGAAAACGAAUGCAUGAGAAUCAAGAUCCUUGGAGACUGUUACUACUGUGUGUCAGGACUGCCGGUUUCUCUGCCGAAACAUGCCAAGAACUGCGUCAAAAUGGGCCUGGACAUGUGUGAAGCCAUCAAGCAGGUACGGGAGGCCACCGGAGUGGAUAUUAACAUGAGAGUGGGCGUGCACUCAGGCAAUGUGCUCUGUGGUGUCAUCGGCCUUCGCAAGUGGCAGUUUGACGUGUGGUCACAUGAUGUCACGCUGGCCAAUCACAUGGAGUCAGGAGGCCUUCCAGGACGUGUCCACAUCACAGAGGCGACUCUGAAGCACCUGAACAAGGCUUACGAAGUGGAAGACGGCAAUGGCCAUCUCAGGGACCCCUAUCUGAAAGAGCUCAACGUCCAGACCUACCUGGUUAUUGAUCCACGGUCUAAGGACCCGUCAACGAACAGCCGUACUGUGCCUAAACCUCGGGUGAAUGAUGGUCUGAAGAUGAGAGCGUCAGUGCGUAUGACCCGCUACCUGGAAUCUUGGGGGGCUGUUAAACCCUUCGCCCACCUUCAGAGCCGAGAGGGCUUCACCCCAGACGCUAUUGUUAAUGGCAAGACACGCUUCAAGGACAUCCCUUUACGAGCAGCCCCCAGCUCCAAGAUCACUGAGAGCUUUGAUGAGUCUCUAGAGGAACCGUUCUCCUUGCCUACCCCUUCGUUCAGCAGCUAUAAGAACAAAUCCCAGAAGAGUAAGUUUGAUGAGGAGCUGCACAACGAGAUGACUACCACCAUAGAUGAGCUCAGCAGCAAGCAGUGGUCUAAGUCUGAAGAGAAUGGCGGUUUAAAUGUGUGGUUUCUAAAGAAAGAUCUGGAAAAACAGUACCGAGCCCUGGACUUGCCAAUGUUCAAACACUAUGUUGGCUGUGCCACCUUCAUCUUCCUCUGCAUUUUUUUGGUUCAGAUGUUCGUCACAAAGGAUCGACAGAUGUUGGCGAUGUCAUUUGGAGUGUUGGUCUGUGUGCUGCUGCUGACCCUGGCCAUCUGUUUUGCGGGUCACUUUCAGCGCCUCUUUCCAGAGAAGCUGUCGAGGUGCCAGUGGCUGCCAGCUGUGUCGGAGGCGGUGGUAAAGCGGCCGUGUGUGCGCCUCCCACUGGCCACCAUCACUGCCGCGGUCAUCGUUAUCUUGGCAGUUUUCAACCUGUGCUUCAUCCAGACGCCACAGACAGAGUGUCCCACUGAUAUUGGUGACCUGCAUCACAAUGAUUCCCAUGAGCAAGGAUUAGAGGAAAGUCUCUUCUACCUGCCAUAUUCCGUGUACUGCUGCAUCCUGUCACUCGUUGCAUGUGGAGUCUUCCUCCGGGUGAGCUUUGAGCUCAAAGUGCUCUUCCUCACCCUGGCCUCCACCGCAUACUACAUCAUCAUCCUCAGCACCAAGAAGGAACUCUUUGUGGUCUACGGAAAGGUCCUCUGCUAUCAGCAGCUCGAGGACUGCAACUGCAGCAGCAACGGUAGCGUCAUCUUGAGCUUGAUAGGGCUGGUGAAACACCCCCAGGUGAUGAGCUGCAUAUAUAUCACCCUGUUUCUGGUCACCAUGCUCAUCAUCUCACAACAGAAUGAGUCCUGCUUUCGCCAGGACUUCCUGUUAAAGUAUAAGAACCGCACAGAGCAGGAUGAGAUCGAGACCAGGGAGAACCUGAACCGCCUGCUGCUGGAGAAUGUGCUGCCGGCCCACGUGGCAGCGCUCUUUGUUGGGGAGAAUAAAAAGAAUGAGGACCUCUACUAUAAGUCGUAUGACUGCGUCUGUGUGAUGUUUGCCUCAGUGCCAGAUUUCAAAGAGUUUUACACCGAGUGUGAUAUCAACAAGGAGGGCCUGGAAUGCCUGAGGCUCCUGAACGAGAUCAUCGCUGACUUUGACGAGCUGCUGUCCAAACCGAAGUUCAGCGGUGUGGAGAAGAUCAAGACAAUUGGCAGCACUUACAUGGCUGCUGCAGGGCUUAGUGGGACGCCUGGUCAGGAGAACAAUCAGGACAGAGAAAAGCAACAGGCCCAGAUAGGCAUCAUGGUGGAGUUUGCCAUUGCUCUGAUUGGCAAGUUGGACGGCAUCAACAGGCAUUCCUUCAAUAGCUUCAGGCUUCGUGUGGGUAUUAAUCACGGCCCGGUGAUAGCCGGAGUGAUCGGGGCGAGGAAACCUCAGUACGAUAUCUGGGGCAAUACUGUGAACGUAGCCAGCAGAAUGGAGAGCACCGGGGAGCUGGGAAAGAUCCAGGUGACAGAGGAAACAACCGAUGUGCUGCAGAAGCUGGGCUACUCGUGCGAGUGUCGAGGGUUCAUUAACGUGAAGGGCAAAGGGGAGCUGAAAACCUUCUUUGUGUGCACCGACAUGAGCAAGCAGCAAGGUAUGGGGCUGAGCUGAGGCCAGGCCGCCACAGCCAGCACAACUGGAGACAGACUUGUGUACACAAGCGUUUACAGACUCCUGCGCACCACAAGUGUUGAGACAGAACUGACUGUGAUGCAGCUGUGUUCCUACGAUGUUAAUGAAUGAAAAUACUAAGGCUUCGCUGCGUGGUGGAUGUGACACCAAGUCGACACUUGCUACUCCGGACCUGUUGAAUGGAGGUGUGGCAGUCGUGUGGCAGUCGUGGUGGAGAUGGUCAGUACGUACAAUCACCGUCUUUUUCUACUCAUAAACACAUUUACGUUCAGUGAUCGUUCACUUUUGUACUUUUUUCUUUGUCUUUAACUUAGAUGUUUGCGAUUGAAAAAGUGUGUUUUGUCCUAAUGCCAAAUACAGUUGUGUCACUUUUGAAGACCUCUCUGGUCCUUUAAAAACAAAACCAUGGAUUCUGUUUGGAUCAUAAUUUGAAACCCAUCUGGUUUUCAUGUUUUGAGGGGGGGAUGGACCCACUGCUCUGUUACUGUGUAACGAGCAUGACAUAUGUGAAGUGGUUAGACAGAGCCGUUUCAUUAACAGAAACAGGCUGGACAGAUGAAGUUAGAGAGAAAAACUCUUCUUGCGCCUUUGUUUGGGACAUUCACAUCAUGAAAAGUAGUGUUUCACUUUCUGGCUGAGCUGCAGAUGCUAAAGUUACUGUACCAACACUUCUGCUCUUGAUGUGAACAUCUUUUAGGUUCUAGCUGUGUAGUUUGACAGUACCAACUGUUGAAUUUGACUUAUACCAUGAGAUAUGUGCUGCAUUUCAAGAGGAAACUCAGAAAUCCAUGUGCUGUAUGUGCAUCACCUCUUUGUGUUUAUACUGCUUGUCUGCAUUUACGCCGCAAUGAGGGAAACCUGUGACGCUCUCCGUGGUGUCCUCAGUGUGUGUGUGAUCUAACAACCUGCCUGCUGUGAAUGUUUUUCUGACUCCAGCUCAGACGCUCACCUGAACUGAUGUCGAUCGCUCCGUGUUUCUCUGAAAACUUGAUCUGUUUUGUGGCCUUAUCUUUUGAGACCGUCAUCAUGUCUGUAAUUGUGGUUACAAAUUAAUAAUAAUAAUGAUGACAAUAAUAAUAAUGUAUUGGCCUUCAUGUGAACAAAUGUGACAUUGAAUUUUGUACAGUUGCAGAAUGUAAUAAAUGUUUUCCUAAGUC